AAAGGUUGAACCGAAGAUUCUAUCUAUUACUCUAAUUGAUUUGAGGUAAUGCAAUGAUGGAUAAGUGGGAAAAAAAAAAAAAACGAAAAACAGAGUAAGAGCAGAUUAACUGAUUGUUAAACCAUCGGAUUACCAAUUUUAUGCGUAGUUGUUUUCCCAUUUCACCCAAGUAGAAGAUGAGGUCAAAAUCGUAAAUUAAACAACAAAGAGCACGCGGCAUUUCCCUCCUCAACACAACUCCCUCCUGGACGCGAUCGAGUAUAACCGCCACUCCCACCCUCAGAAACAGAGCGCGCAAUGCCAUCUCUGGUCUCUGCUUCGUCAAAAUUUUUCGUUUCUCAACUCUGCAAUGGAUUCGUUCAAGAACUUGUUCUUCGAUUUCUCAAGAAACUUCGGUCAAUCACUGCCAAAAUCCAGAACGAAAGGGCUUUUCACUCUGUUUUUAACUCUAGUUCUUGCCAUCAUCUUCUUCUCACCCCUAUCCAACAAAUCCCCUGCUGUAACUUCCAAAAAUCUCCUUUCUCAUCUUCACCCCGGCUCAAAUUACAUCUCUUCUUUAUCCUCAAUUGUUCCCGGUGAACCCCAUUUCAUUUCACAGCCUCCAAGAACUUGCACUGAUGCUGUCACGUUUUCUGCUGUCAAUAAGAGCAAUGAAACUUCAAGAAUGCAUGAAACCGUGGCAACUCAUGAAAACAUCAUCAGUUCUUGUGAUAUCUUUGAUGGGAACUGGAUUCUGGAUGAUUCUGAGCCGCUCUAUAGACCAGGAUCUUGUCCUUUCAUUGAUGAUGCCUUCAAUUGUUUCAAGAAUGGCAGGCCCGAUUCAGAUUAUCUUAGGCUCAGGUGGAAACCCCAUGGCUGUGAGAUUCCAAGGUUGGAUGGAUUGAAAAUGCUGAAAAUGUUGAGUGGAAAGAGACUGGUGUUUGUAGGGGACUCGCUGAACAGAAACAUGUGGGAAUCAUUGGUCUGUGCUCUAAGAGGAUCAUUGGGCAAUACCAGCAAUGUGUAUGAAGUUUCGGGUCGCCGCGAAUUCAGGACAGAAGGAUUUUAUUCCUUCAAGUUCCAGGAUUUUAAUUUGUCAGUGGACUUCAUUAAAUCCCCAUUCCUAGUUCAAGAAUGGAAACUCACUACUAAGGCUGGAAUGCGGAGAGAAACAUUGAGAUUGGACAUGAUUCAGGCUUCCUCGACCAAGUAUCAUGACGCUGAUAUCAUUAUCUUCAAUACAGGCCACUGGUGGACUCACCACAAGACAUCUAAAGGGAAUAACUAUUUCCAGGAAGGCAACCGCGUCUACAACACAUUAGGAGUAACAGAUGCAUUUACUAAGGCCCUGAAGACAUGGGCUCGUUGGGUCGAUUCCAAUAUUAACAGCAGUCAAACAACGGUCUUUUUCCGCGGAUACUCUGCUUCCCACUUCAAAGGUGGUCAAUGGAAUUCAGGAGGAAGCUGUGAAGGCGAGACGGUACCAAUAACAAGCGACACCUAUCUUUCUCCACAUCCAUGGAUGAUGACCAUCCUCGAAUCGGUGAUAUCAGAGAUGAAGACCCCAGUAUUCCUCCUGAACAUUACAAAAAUGACAGACUACAGAAAGGAUGGCCAUCCUUCUAUAUUCAGCCAGCCAGAAGCAAUUAGGAGGCCUGGGAUGAUACAAGACUGCAGCCACUGGUGCCUUCCUGGGAUUCCAGAUUCCUGGAAUGAGCUUCUAUAUGUUUCUUUGCUCGCAUCCCGCAAUAAAUUUUCGUAGUUUUCAGUUUAAAAGGAAAAAAAAAAUUCUGUUGUUGUUGUUGUUGUUGUCCAUUACAUCCGUUGGCACUUUCUGCUGUCUACCAAUUUGUAGAUUCUGUUGUUGUUGUCCAUUACAUCCAGAUGGAAUAGGUCCUGUAAAAAUGUUUUUG